CACGCGGUGCUGUCUACUAGUCGUUGUCAUUUUAAGCUCCCUUCGUCGUCUGCCGAGUUAUAAUUUACUUAAACUAUUUCAAAGAGUAGGAUAACGAAAAUAGUAUUGAUUAUUACUUUCUUUAUCGCGCCGAGUGACAGAAGAAAACUAAUAGUUAACCGGCUCAAAGUCGGUUGAGUGAUAUUCAGCUAUUUGUUUCAUUCGAUUACCCAGCACCUUUUGUUAACAAUGUCAACGUCACAUCAGCUGGUGCUCCUGGUGUGCGCGUGUGUCUUGGGACAGGCUGCCAGCAUCCUCAACGUGGCUGGUGUGCCGUGUGGGCGGCCACAAUUUAGGGAGGGGAGGGUGAAGGGCGGAGUGGAUGCAACCCCUGGAGAGUUCCCCUGGCUGGUGUCCAUCAGAGUUACUGGAGCUUCUGGUGGGCACUACUGCGGCGGGUCUCUUAUACACAAGCGCUUCGUUCUCACCGCUGCGCACUGUGUUUACCGGAACUCGGCUAAGUACGUGGUAGUUGUGGCAGGAGAACACAAUUUGAAAGCACCGGGAGUCGGCCACAGGCAGGUCCUGCUUGUGAAGGAGAUCAUCGCUCAUAACAGCUUCUCCAAGAGGUACAUCAAUGACAUAGCACUGCUAGAGCUUAGCCAGGAGGCAACUUGGAACAAGUACGUCCAGCCCGUGUGUCUCCCUGACCGUAACAUAGAUGGUGUUACGGAUGCUCUCAACGUGACAGUGGCUGGCUGGGGCAUGACUGAUGAGGCUUCUAAUGGAGGAAAACAUGCAGAUGUGCUGCAGAAAGUGGUGGUGAAGGUGGUGUCUCAGGCUGACUGUCAGGACUGGUACACCACCCAGGUGGGCAAGGCAGUGGUGCUGUAUGACACUCACGUCUGUGCUGGCUUCCAGAGUGGCGAGAAGGACGCCUGUCAGGGUGACAGUGGUGGACCCCUGUUGACAAUAACAGAUGGAGGGAAGGAUGGAAAUAGGGCAACGACAGUGGGUGUGGUGUCGGCAGGAAUCGGAUGCGGUCGUCCAAAACUGCCUGGGCUUUACACGCGGGUGUCUCGUUACAUCGACUGGCUAUUUGAUAAGAUGAAGACCAGAGGUGUCAAUGUUGUGGUGUAGCUCCCAUACUCAACAACCUUCACCCACACUACCACAUAUAGUGACAGUAUACCAGGAGAUUACCAUGAACCACACCCUCCCACAGUACUGUCCAGUAUACCAAAUACAAAAGAUGAUCCAUUAUCAAACCCACCAUGAUUCACUUGUAUUAAACCCAACAAGAUUCUCCCCAUAUAAUUAUUUACAUAUUUACGUAUUACACAAGUCCAGAAUUUCAAAUCCUUUUAUCGAACAAAAUUCCAUCUAUUGUUUUUUAAAGCUAUGUGAAAUGGCGUUUGAAAUCCAGAAGUUUGGAAGUGUUUAAGGGGCGGGGAAGGUUCAAUACAGGGGAGGGUGAGAACCUAUAUAUAAGGCAUGUAUCUGACAUUAGAUUAAUACACGAUGAUGAUUAAGCAAAUCACAGUGCUUUUAUAUAUGAACGAAUGUAAAUACUGUAUUGUACAUUUUGAAUUUAGAAUAUUGUUCAUGGGCUAGAUGGCUCUUCACAUGUGUAUUGACUGUUUUGCAUAAAUUUAUGAUGUGUAUAAGUUGAUUUGUUAGUAGUCUGUACUACACAUAUUUUGUACGUUCUAAUAUCAGUAAAUUGUGAAAAAUAUUGAUUCAAAUUCAUAAAGUUCAUUCAGAAAUAUCAAUACUCUUAAAGUCAAAUUUUUAAAAAAUAUUUAGAAUACUUCAGCGAGUUUUAGUAUUUUAAUGUUUUGUAUACCCCGAAAUUGCUAUUGCAGAAAAUGGUCUUGUGAAGAGGUAAUACAGUGCAAUACGGAUAUAUAAAAAAUUGUGUGUACUGUAUGAUGCUAUACAUGUAUUACUGUAUCAUCUUAUGAACUUCAGAGGUAGUUGCUCAAGACAUUUAAUUAUACAAAUUUUAAGAGUUCAGAGUCCUGAUAAGAGAUACACAGACAACUGUCCUGUAGUUUAUGAUUGUACUUGACUGUGAUAUUCAAUUUUUACCUAUUAUUUAUAUAAUAUUAAAGGACUACUUAAGUGGAAA